AUGUUCUCUUCUCUCCAUGCGCUGACUUUCGUCAUCUUCCCCUCCUCCCAGCUGCCUCCUCCCAGCUGCCUCCUCCCAGGUCCCCUCCUUCCCUCUGACCUGAGUCUUCCAUGCUCAUGCCCCCCCUCUGUCCCCGCUCGCUGUACACCGUGUUCCCUGGCAAAUUUGGAGCAAUUGAGCGGAUUUGAGGAGAAGAACCUAUUCAAGGAGUUCAUGGAGGAUCACAACACUGCCACGUUCCCAUCCAAGAAGUACUACAACUUAGCAGCGUGGGAGCAUCAGCAGAUGACGAAGAGGAAGGGACGGCCGGAUAAGCCUUCUGGAAAGGAGAUGACAGAGUUUAAUGAUGAAGAUGCGAGGAGGGAGGAGAUUCGCCGGGAGAGGGAGAAGCAGAAGGAGGAGGAGGUGCUGGCGCUCAAGCGCAGCAUGGAGUCGGGCAUGGCUCAAGCAAUGAGAGACCAGGAGCGACUCAAGGAGGAGCUGCGCUUCCUCUAUCAGAUUGGCAACUACGAGGGAGCUGCUGCCAUUCAAAAGAGGCUUGAACCGGAUGAUCCUUCUAAGCGGUAG